AUGUUAGUUUUGCGACGAACAUUAUCAACAGCAAUAUCUUAUGCUGCAAAACCAUUAAUUAGUGUUGAUCUUAAUCGAUCAGCAACUGAACAAACCAUUCCUCUACAUAAUCGUUGGCAUCCUGAUAUACCAAGUGUCGUAUCAGUUCGUCGAGGUGAUGUAUUUCGUAUUGAAUGUGUUGAUUGGACUGGUGGACAAAUUGGAAAUAAUGAUUCAGCUGAUGAUGUUAAAAAUGUUGAUUUAACUCGUAUACAUUAUUUAUCCGGACCAAUUGAAGUACAAGAUACACAUCCUGGUGAUAUUCUUGUUGUUGAUGUUCUAGAUGUUGGUCCUCUUCCAUCAUCAAUGUGGGGUUUUACAGGAAUUUUUGAUCGAAAAAAUGGUGGAGGAUUUUUAACUGAAUAUUAUCCAAAUGCACAUAAAGCAAUUUGGGAUUUUAGUGGAAUUUAUGCUACUAGUCGACAUAUAAAAGAUGUUCGAUUUGCUGGACUUACUCAUCCAGGUAUUAUUGGUUGUGCUCCAUCACAUGAAUUAUUAUCACGAUGGAAUAAACGUGAAGGAGAUUUAGUUAAAGAAUGUUCACAUUUACAUCAUCCAGAUACUGUUUUAGCAAAUUUACCAAUUGAAAAAGGAGCUUUAUUAGGUCGAUUAAAUUCCAAAGAUAAUAAAGAUAAAUGGAAAAAAAUUGCUAAUGAAGGAGCUCGAACAAUUCCACCACGUGAACAUGGAGGAAAUAAUGAUAUAAAAAAUAUUUCUCGUGGUUCACGUGUUUUUCUACCUGUUUAUGUUGAUGGAGCUAAAUUAAGUUUAGGAGAUAUUCAUUUUUCACAAGGUGAUGGAGAAAUAUCAUUUUGUGGUGCAAUUGAAAUGAGUGGUUAUCUUGAUUUACAUGUUGAUGUUAUUCGAGAUGGUAUGUCUCGUUUAUCAAUAACAAAUCCAUUGAUUCAACCAGGUCCUAUUGAACCUCGUUAUUCAAAUUAUUUAACAUUUCAGGGAAUAUCAGUUGAUGAUAAAGGUCAACAACAUUUUCUUGAUGCAACAUUAGCUUAUCGUCAAGCAUGUCUUUCAGCUAUUCGAUAUUUAAAACGUUUUGGUUAUACGGAAGAACAAGUCUACUGUAUAUUAUCUGCUGCACCUAUUGAAGGACGUAUUGGAUCUAUUGUUGAUAUUCCUAAUGCUUGUUGUACACUUUCGUUACCAACAGAUAUCUUUUCAUUUGAUGUCACACCACAAGCAGCUGCAAAAUUUAAUGAAAAAAUAGAUAGAGGACAAUUAGCUAAAACAACAUCAUAA